UAUUUUUUAGGAAUCAUUGAGUGACAAAGUAGCAUUAUUUAAUAAACAAGCUACCAGUCACGAAAUAAGCCAACAACAGAACCCUUUUACAAGUGGUAUGAAUCUCGAAAAACCGAAGUUUUCCAAAGAAGAGUAUGGCAGACCAGCGGCGGGAUCGCUGUCAGAUAUUCGCGGGCGUAAAGCAACAGCUCAUAUUCUCAAAGAAAUCCUUGAACUCUGUGAUGUUAUUUAUCAGAACGGACAACCUUGCAAAGACGAUCCAAAUAUAACUGGGAUUACUUUUGGAGAUUUAUUCAAUAUUUAUGUGGCGAUCAGUGACAAAUGCGUAGGGAUGUUACUAAGAGCUAGAAAACAAGGCUUUGUUCAAUUCGAGGGCGAAGUUCUUUUCCAGAGACGUGACGACGAUGUACCAAUUUUUCUAGUUAAACCGAUCGCAGAAAUAAGGCAAACAUUGAAAGAAAAAAUUGAAGAAUCGAAGCGCGAAACAAUGUUUCACUGA